AGUAGUAGUAGUAGUAGUAGUAGUAGUAGUAGUAGUAGUAGUAGUAGUAGUAGUAGUAGUAGUAGUAGUAGUAGUAGUAGUAGUAGUAGUAGUAGUAGUAGUAGUAGUAGUAGUAGUAGUAGUAGUAGUAGUAGUAGUAGUAGUAGUAGUAGUAGUAGUAGUAGUAGUAGUAGUAGUAGUAGUAGUAGUAGUAGUAGUAGUAGUAGUAGUAGUAGUAGUAGUAGUAGUAGUAGUAGUAGUAGUAGUAGUAGUAGUAGUAGUAGUAGUAGUAGUAGUAGUAGUAGUAGUAGUAGUAGUAGUGGUAGUAGUAGUAGUAGUAGUAGUAGUAGUAGUAGUAGUAGUAGUAGUAGUAGUAGUAGUAGUAGUAGUAGUAGUAGUAGUAGUAGUAGUAGUAGUAGUAGUAGUAGUAGUAGUAGUAGUAGUAGUAGUAGUAGUAGUAGUAGUAGUAGUAGUAGUAGUGGUAGUAGUAGUAGUAGUAGUAGUAGUAGUAGUAGUAGUAGUAGUAGUGGUAGUAGUAGUAGUAGUAGUAGUAGUAGUAGUGGUAGUGGUAGUAGUAGUAGUAGUAGUAGUAGUGGUAGUAGUAGUAGUAGUAGUAGUAGUAGUAGUAGUAGUAGUAGUAGUAGUAGUAGUGGUAGUAGUAGUAGUAGUAGUAGUAGUAGUAGUAGUAGUAGUAGUAGUAGUAGUAGUAGUAGUAGUAGUAGUAGUAGUAGUAGUAGUAGUAGUAGUAGUAGUAGUAGUAGUAGUAGUAGUAGUAGUAGUAGUAGUAGUAGUAGUGGUAGUAGUAGUAGUAGUAGUAGUAGUAGUAGUAGUAGUAGUAGUAGUAGUAGUAGUAGUAGUAGUAGUAGUAGUAGUAGUAGUAGUAGUAGUAGUAGUAGUAGUAGUAGUAGUAGUAGUAGUAGUAGUAGUAGUAGUAGUAGUAGUGGUAGUAGUAGUAGUAGUAGUAGUAGUAGUAGUAGUAGUAGUAGUAGU